AUGUCUGUACUCUCACCUAAACCUCACCAUCCCACACUACUUCUGUACAUAAUGAUGUCGGUCAUCGAUAACCGUCUUUUGUUGCUCCUUCCACCCCCAGCAAUUUCUCGUAAGGGAGCUCUUGCUCUCUCUUCCUCUUCUCUUCAAUUUGAGUUAAGAUUACUGGUCUUCCUGCUGGAAGAACAUGUCUACUCGGGCGACCUAUGGCGUCUUGUUAUGGCGUACCAAAUUGAAUUCAUGCAAGGAGAAUUGUUGCACAAUUCACAAUUGCCUCGCAGAGCCCUUCUUGACAGAGAAAGAGAGUUGAUGGAAGACAAGAAAGAUAGAGCUCAGUUGGAAUUGUCGCUUUAUUCUCAGGCCAUUGAUGUCCUUCAGCUGAAGGUGGGCUCACAUCCUGCCAGCUCACACUCUGUGAUCCAGCUCUCUGCAAGAGACUGGCAUCCUCUAGACAGGUCCUCUAGGGUUGAUUCAUUGGUCCAUCUGAAAUGCAGCGAUUGGCUAAGCAAAGUCUCAACAAGUGGGGAUACUGAAGAUGAAGAAGGCGGUACGGUUUUUGGCAGGGAUGUUGGACCUCCUAUGGUUUAUACAACUGAAGAAUCAACAUCCAUUGCAUCUAAGCUCAUGACGAUAUAUAAGACUCUGGUGCUGCCUCAAGUGGGUCAAUGCCCUUACCAGUUGGUCAGUACAUGGGUUAAAGAAUGUACAGAGGAUUUCUACAUGGACGAUCAAGCAACAGAAAGAGCUUCCUUGCAGAUCCUGAUAUUAUGA